GUCAAGGAACUUGUUAUCAGUUUUACAAAACCUGGGAAAGAAUUUCCGCGCCUUAAGAUCAUCUCAGGUCAAAUCGAGACAGUGAACCACGCAGGAAUCCCAGGUUUGACAAUUUCUAAAGACCUAAAAUGGAACCAACACAUAACUAACAUAUUUUCGUCAGAGGCGAUUACUCCAAAUGCUAUCGAACAGUUAGUUGAUCACACCGUUAGUCACUUGAAAAUUACUGCGGACAAGACUAUUCCAACUAGAGUAUUUAAGCCCGUGAGAAAACACUACUGGAAUCCGACACUUACGUCUCUAAAUCGAGAAGUUAAAACAUGUUGGAGAAAAUGGCUUUAUGAAGGCGAACCUAGAGAUAGUAACAAUCAGUUUUUUAAAGACUACAAAAAAGCUAAAUAUAAUUUCCGUAAGGCCCAACGCCAAGCCAUUCAUGAGGAUGAGGUAAACGGCGAAAUUGGAGAGCCAACAUGA